CACUACUCAACAGGUGUAACUGUUGGGGUUUUAGCAUCCCUACUGGUUCUUGUCUACAUACUGAGUCGCUUUAUCCCCAGGAAAACAGGCGCUGUCUCUCUUCUAGUUGGUGGCUGGGCUGUUUGUCUUUAUCUUCUCCACUGGGUCUUUGACAAUUUCCUCUCAAUGCAGUACAAGAAGUACCUACUAGGUUACUUUGUGAUUGCGACCGUCAUCAGCUUUGCAGUGUGCUAUUGGUACGGUCCGGUCACCAACAACCGGACAAUGUACCUCAUACAAUUAUUCCUUCAGUUGAUAGGGUUGUUAUGCAUCUAUAACGGAUCGCAGCAUGAAGGGUCGACGAUGGUGAUUAUUGUUGUCAUAGUAAUGUUAAGAUGGAUACCAUCUUGUGGGAGACCAGUCGGGCUGGUUGCUGCUGCACUUGGGUGGCAGCAUCGUCCAGCUAAGAUCAAACUAUUAACGGAGGACGAGUACUAUGAGCAAGGACGGAUAGAGACAACGAAAGCACUGGACAGUCUGAAGGAGUAUUGUAGAAGCCCAGAGUGCAAUCAGUGGAAGAUGAUCGCUAACUUAGAAUCACCUAAAAGGUUUGCCCAGUUUGUGAUGGGUGAUGAGGGUCAUGUGACCCGAGGUGAGUUGUCAGCCUACGAGGAUGACCUUUCACUCUUGACCCUUGACACCAGUGAAGAAGAGAUUAUAAGCAGUGACAGCGAUAUGGAAACAGAUUGAUCUUUAAAACCUCUAACACAUUUUAACCGUUUUUAUUAAAGUGUACUUAUAAAGACUACUAUUUAUUCAAAACUUUCCAUGAAAAGAGAUAUUUUUUUGGAGAUCGUCCUUCAUCAGAUUAAAGACUAGUCCUAAAUUUCUUUUUAUAUUUUGUCCCCUUUAGAGAUUGAAAAGAAACAAAUCUCUGACUUUCUUUUCAGACGUUUUUAUAUCAUGCAUUUGUAAUUUGGUGUUAAUGUUUGUUCUCAUCUUAGUUGUAAGGUAUCACUUCAAUGAUACUAGUGUAGACCACUGGGGCGCUGUUGAUUACUCUGGUCGUGUGCUGCUUGUACGACUGCAGAUGUCAACAUUUUGAAAAAACGGAGUACAGUGCCCAACUUGGGCACACUAAGUAAAGUGUGUCUUAUAUUGGUGAUGCUUUCCAUACUUUAAUCUGACUUCAAACUUUUGUAUGUCUGCCUUUAAUGAAAAAGAUGCUGUUUUAAGAGUAUCAUGCUGUGUGAAACAUUUCUCUAGUUCUAAGGAUGCUAUUUCCAAAACGCGUCUUGAAACUUAGUACUGGCAGGGGUUCCCAAAAUCUCAAAAACUAUCUUAUCAACUUAAAAUCCUAAAGUUUGGAUCCUAGUUUUAGUCCCUUUUCGUCAGCUAUGAAUCUCUCGACCCCUGAAAGAUGGACUCCUGUUUAUUGCAUGGUGUCUGUAGAUUGUGUAGAAUGCAUCUACAUUUGUACAUGUACUUGACAGGGAAAUAAACUCAGCCGUUGCACAUUAUGUUGAUUUAUGCAUGUUCAAUUAUAUUGCCUUAGUGUAUGUAUGAUUGGAAUAAUGAAUAAGUAACUGUAAAGCUCUCCAUUCACCACAUGAAAUCAUAUUACAGUUUAGCGAAGUGCCUUUGUCAUUUCAAACCAUUAUUGAUUUUGAACACUCAAAUCAAUCGGAAGUUUUACCCUGUGUUUUGUUAUACUAUGCUGUUACAUUGCCUUUCAGACUGUCAGGCCUUGGUGUAAUGUUGGCUCAUAAUAAAUUAUGUUUUUGUAUUUCCUUCUAAUGUUAGACUUGUCGUUAAAUGUCUGUUGCGGUGAUAGCCGUUGACUCUCCCCGCGAUUCCCGAGGUAUUCUGCUACUGCUGUCGCGACUACGGUCCCAUUUGAUGGGGAGUAGAAGUCGACAACCAGCAGUUCGCGGGAGAGCAGUGAUCUCGCUUAAGCACCGCCACAACUCGACUAUCUCACUGUGUGGGACCAUUAACAACUUGUCUACAAGUCUAUUCUAAUGUUAAAAUAAUCUACAUUGGAACCCAGCAAGCCAUUUGCAGAAAUGUUCACGUUCAUCGAAUCCCUUAAUUUUUAUGGCGUCUCUUUGCAAACCUCAGUUGAUUAUACUCUCCACUAUGCAUACAUUUUCUAAUUCUACUGGUUAUGGAUUAUAAAUGUUAGUUGAGAUGGGUUUAAUUGAAUUUGAUGCAAAACAGAACUCAUUAAAACAACAAUUAAAUGGCAGCUUUAUUAAACUAUAACUCUUUGUUCCUGUUCACAACUCGGCUCUUGCGGUAUUCAAACCAAUUGAAACUGUUCUUUACAAAGCCAAGUGCAAAAUUGUUGAUGUAUGGAACUACGAGCAGCACUUGACUUUAAAGAGAACAAUAAAUACUUCUCAUAAAAAUUGUUUAGUUUUAAAAACCUCACAAAAGUUUACUGAACCUGAACUGUACUCUUGGUUCAUUAGCAAUAAGUAUUCAACUUACAUUGCUGUGUCUUGGGCCCAAUUUCAUAGAGCUGCUUAGAGCUAAGCAUAAUAACAACAUGCUUACCAGAUUGAGGUCACCAACUAAAAUAGAAGUCCUCAUGUACCAUUUAUGAUUGGUAUCCUGCUUCCUUUUGCUCAGCAGAUGCAAGGUUUGCUGGCAGCUCUAUGAAUAUGGGCCCUUGGUGCCUGCUAAUCCGUAAGAUGCGCUAAGCAGUAUUUCUGCUAAACAGCUCUUAAAAAUUUGGCUCUUAUAAUAUGAAGACAUUUUGGUAUGAUGAGGGGUCAACAUCUCCACCAUCGUUCUGCAAGGUGAACUUUCUCUGUUUUACAAAUAAUUUGUUGUAUGAACUGUCUCAAACAAAUCAUGUAAUUGACCAUUAUCAAGGGGUGGCCGUUCACGAUUAACCCAUUCAAAUCAACAAUGGAGCCAAAUCGAGGCUGCAACUAGGAAUAAUAGACUGUUCACUUUCUGAUAUGAGGAGAAGCCGUGUUCAUUGUUAUUAUUUUGCAAAGUGGCAACUUGAAGGUCUGGGGAGUUGUUUUAGAAAAACUAAUGAGAGUUUACUAUGUCUUGAAUGUGUGUUUAUCAUUUUGUAACAAUUUGUACAGUUUUAAAAAUA